AUGAAAUAGGAAUCAUGGGAUGAUUUGCAUUUGUAAAAUGAAAAAUCUAUUACUAAAAUUUUAGAGCAAGGAGAAUAAGUUUUAUUUUCUAGUUUACUCUAUAAAUUCAAUGAAGUCAAUAAAAGACAAGAGAGAACAUUACUAAUUACAACUCAUAAUCUCUAUAAUCUAUCCAAAUUGACUGUGAAAAGAAAAAUCCCAAUCAAAAGAGUUUAUGGAAUUACUAUUGGUUUAAUUGGUACAGAAUUUGUUGUACACGUGCCUGAAGAAUAUGAUUAUAGAUAUUCAAGUUCUGAAAGAAGAGAUUAAGCAGUAUUAAGCAUUAUUAGAGCUUAUUGUUUAUAACAUAAAGGUACUGCAUUGCCAGUCUUCUAAAAAGAUGAACUUACACUUACAGCAUAUACUACAACAAAAGUUGAUAAAAAAAAGGGUAUCAAUAGAUUACCUACAACUGGUUCAGAAUUAAUGAAUGAAGAGUAAUUCAGAAAAAGAAUAGAUUCUUAAUUAGAAGAAAGAUUGUAAACUAGAGCUAAGACUUCUACAUUAUAUGCAAAACAGAAAGGUGAAGCAGUAACAAUAGAUGACUUUGACUUAAUAAAAGUUUUAGGAAGAGGAGCUUAUGGUAAAGUAAUGCUAGUAGAAAAGAAAAGUGAUAAAUAAUAUUAUGCUAUGAAAUCAAUUAGAAAAGAGGAUAUUGCUGAUCCAGAAUAAUUAGAACAUACAAAAACAGAAAGAUUAGUAUUAGAACAUGUCAAUCAUCCUUUCCUUGUAAAUUUGAAUUGGGCAUUUUAAACACCUGAAAAAUUGUUUUUUGUUACAUAAUUUAUGAAAGGUGGAGAAUUAUUUUAACAUCUUAAACAUGUUAAACGAUUUGAUGAAAAUAGAACAAGAUUUUAUGUUUCAGAAAUUGUAAUUUCGUACCCUUAUUUCAUUAUAGGUAUUAGCAUUAGAACAUUUACAUUCGAAAAAUAUAAUAUACAGAGAUCUUAAACCAGAAAAUGUAUUAUUAGAUGAAAUAGGCCAUAUUUGUUUAACAGAUUUUGGAAUGGCUAAAAUGUUGAAAAAAAAUGAAUUAGCUAAAUCUUUUUGUGGAACUCCUGAAUAUCUAGCUCCUGAAAUAUUACUUGAAAUUGGUCAUUCUUAAUCUGCUGAUUGGUGGGCAUUAGGUAUUCUUACAUAUGAAAUGCUUUAUGCAUUACCUCCAUUUUAUAAUAAAAAUUAAGAUUUAAUGUUUAAAUAAAUUUAAACUAAAGAAAUUACAUUCCCAACUACACCAACACUUUCCAAUGAAGCUAAAGAUUUUAUUUAUAAAGUACUUUAUACAUUUUAUUUUAGUUAACAAUUAAAGAUCCAAAAUUAAGAUUAGGUACAUCUAAAAUUGAUGAAGUAAAAAAUCAUCCAUGGUUUAAAGGAAUUAAUUGGGAAAAACUAUUAAAGAAAGAAAUUGAUACACCUUUCAAACCUUAAAUCUAAGGAGAUGCAUGGAUUGAUAAUUUCGAUAAACAAUUUACAAUAGAAGAAGCAAUAAAUUCAUAUGCUCCUGAAAAUAAUUUAGUCAACCAAGACGAAUUUAGAGAAUUUGACUAUUAUUAAAAAUGA